GGGUUGCAAACUGCCCAAGAUGGAUGCAGCGCCGCUGUGCACAAGGAUGCACGGAUGAGCUGCAGCGCAUCCGAAGCGCCGUCAUCCUCACGAUGAUCGCUUGCAUUUAAACGUCAACAUCACCUCUGAUUUUUUUUUUCUUCUUUUUCUCUCGCCUCUGCAGGAGUAGGAUGUUACUAGCGUCCGCAGUAGUUGUAUGGGAAUGGCUGAACGAGCACGGUCGCUGGCGGCCGUACAGCCCGGCUGUUCACCACAUCGAGGCGGUCAUCCGGAGCGACCCCCGGUGUGGUAGCGUGGUCCUCGGUCAGGUGGACUCUCGCCUCUCGCCCUACAUAAUCGAUUUGCAUUCCAUGCACCAGUUCCGACAAGACACAGGUACCCUUCGACCAGUACGACGUAGUUUUCUACGAUCCCGCCUCGGCGCCCGCCAAGGCUGGUUGUGGGAGUGGGAGAACGACGCUGGGAGUUGGACAGCUUACGACACUGAGGUGGGCAUCGCCAUUCAGGCAGCACGUGACCGUCAGCAGCCCUGGCUGGACCUGGCACCACUGGGUUUCUGCUACCUCAUUGACUUUGAAAGCAUGACCCAAAUCAAUGGGCAGACACAGCGCUGCCGACGCAUUCAGCGCCGUUCCGACUUGGCAUACCCACUGGUAUCAGGGGCCCUGCCCAAAUCCCACCAUGCCUGGGGUCCCACAUCCAUGCCUGCUCCUGGAGGGCUCCUAGGAGUGGAUGUAUCCAGCGUGGGCAUGGGACUCAGAAUGAGCAGCAGUGGGACGGGUAACGGGAGUGCUUACCCGAGUGGAGCACUUCCUGCAUCUGCCAUCACCUCUUUAGGACAGCCUUGUGCCUGUCAGCAGUGUAUGUUGGUGCUAAGUGUCAAAGCAGGCACUCUGUCGACUGCUCACACGCUGGGUCGUAGACCGCCACAGACCAAACCUAGUCCUAAAAUAGGCGGACAUCCUGUUCUGGAGGAUCUUACCUCACUUACCCUCCCUCGGCCUCCAACACUGACUCGGUCACUCUCCCCUCACAGGACGUCAAUAGUUGGUGCGGCAGGUGGUUUCAGUGUUGGUGGUAUUGGGGGUCCAGGGGGUGUGGGUAUUAUUGGUGGCAGUGGUGUAGGUAGUUCUGGCUUUGGCAUUGGAGGAGGUUUCCCCCACUCUCUCUCCUUCCUUAACUCUGCCACUGCUGCCCUGUCCAUCUCCUCUUCUCGGCCCCCUCCUCCACCUCUCCCACCUCCUCCACCCCCUCCUCCUCCACCCACCACAAUCGCCACCACCCCUUCAUCAGCCACCGCCGCCCCCUUAAACCCCCCCAACUCCUCCUCCCUCUCUGCUUCAAGUUCAACUGCUAUGGCAACAGCUCCCAGUCCACCCCUCUUUUCCACAGCCGCCUCCACCUGCACGCCCUCACCUUCUGCCCGUGUUCUGGGCCCAGUGUCCUCGUCUGGUGCUGCCGCAUGUGCAGCCCCGCUGCCACCCCGCUCCAGCCUGGCAGGACUGAGCCGUCCUGCACUGCAGCGCAUCGCCAUGGCUCAGUCACGUGCACUCAUUGCCUCUGGAGUGCCAACAGUUCCAGUGAAGAAUCUGAAUGGAUCUAGCCCUGUUCACCCUGCAUUGGCAGGUAUUACAGGCAUACUUAUGAGUGCGGCAGGACUCCCAGUCUGUCUGACUCGUCCCCCCAAGCUGGUUCUCCAUCCACCACCUGUCAGAAAGAGUGAAAUCAAACCUGUUCCUGGUUUGGGCCACUGCUGUCGCAAGACCACCAAGAAACAGGCCCGCAAAGGAAAGACCCCUGAAGAGGUGGUGAAACGGUACCUCCACAAGGUCCGCAAUCCCCCAGAGGAAGACUGCACUAUCUGCAUGGAGGCUCUGGCUGGUGCAUCAGGCUACAAGGGGCCUGGCGUAGGUGCAUCUCCCGUGCAGUCAGUUGGCCGCCUCACACAGUGUGGUCACCAGUACCACCUCCAGUGCCUUGUUGCUAUGUACAACAAUGGCAACAAGGAUGGCAGUCUGCAGUGCCCAACCUGCAAGACCAUCUAUGGAGUCAAGACUGGAAACCAGCCCCCCGGCAAGAUGGAAUCAUGUUAUACCUCCUCACUACCCGGCCACCCUGACUGCAAAACCAUCCGUAUCAUCUACAACAUCCCUCCUGGCAUCCGCCAUUACUUUUGUCAUUGUUCACUAGGGCCAGAGCACCCAAACCCAGGCAAACCCUUCACUGCCCGUGGGUUCCCCAGACCAUGCUACCUCCCUGACAGUGAGAAGGGACGCAAGGUUCUGAGGCUGCUGCUUGUAGCAUGGGACCGUCGCCUCAUUUUCUCAGUGGGAACAUCCAGCACCACCGGCGAGUCAGACACAGUCAUCUGGAAUGAAGUGCACACAAGAACCGAGUUUGGGUCUAACCUGACAGGUCACGGCUACCCGGACCCUGGCCAUUUGGAAAAUGUUCUCGAAGAGCUCAAGGCUCAGGGCAUCACUGAGGAGGAGUGCCUACCCAGAGACUGAACAGGAAGGAAA